CUCCGUUAAUCGGCUUCCCUCUGUGCGACUCUCAGACACUUGAUAGAAAACCAAAAACCCAAAACCCAGAACCUAUAGCCUAGCUUUGGAUGUUCAGAUCUCUGAUACGUUAAAAUUCCUCUUCGACAUCUCCAUGGGAGCGAGCCGGAAACUGCAGGGCGAGAUCGAUCGCGUCCUGAAAAAAGUCCAGGAAGGCGUGGAUGUCUUCGACAGUAUCUGGAACAAGGUUUAUGACACUGAUAAUGCGAACCAGAAGGAGAAAUUCGAGGCGGAUUUGAAGAAGGAGAUUAAGAAGCUGCAGAGGUACAGAGAUCAGAUCAAGACAUGGAUUCAGUCGAGUGAGAUAAAGGACAAGAAGGUUAGUGCCUCUUAUGAGCAGGCUCUGCUGGAUGCUCGAAAGCUCAUCGAGCGUGAAAUGGAAAGAUUUAAAGUUUGUGAAAAGGAGACUAAAACAAAAGCAUUCUCCAAAGAAGGGCUAGGCCAACAACCUAAAACUGAUCCUAAAGAGAAGGCUAAAUCAGAGACAAGGGAUUGGCUAAACAAUGUGGUUGGGGAGCUGGAGUCUCAGAUUGAUUACUUUGAAGCUGAGAUUGAGGGGCUUUCAGUGAAGAAAGGAAAGAUGAGGCCUCCUCGAUUGACACAUUUAGAGGCAUCCAUUGUUCGGCAUAAGGCUCAUAUAAUAAAGCUAGAAUUGAUUUUGAGACUGCUGGAUAAUGAUGAAUUAAGUCCGGAUCAGGUUAAUGAUGUUAGAGAUUUCCUAGAAGACUAUGUUGAACGCAAUCAGGAGGAUUUUGAUGAAUUUAGUGAUGUCGACGAGCUUUACAACUCUUUACCGUUAGACAAAGUGGAAUCACUUGAAGAUCUGGUUGCAAUUGUUCCUCCUGCUCUUGUAAAGGGCAUUGUUCCUAUUGCUUCUGCCUCUGCAGUUUUAAGUUUAAAGCCUUCUUCACCGGCUUCCCCCUCCCAAUCAUCUGCCAUGUUAGCAUCUGCUGCUCAACAGGGUACUUUGAUUCAGGACCAAGCUGAAGAGACAGCUUCCCAGGACAGUAAUUCUGAUAUUGGUCCAAGUACUCCAUCUAAAAAUGGCACGUGUGGUUGUUCAGUAUUAUCCACUACCUCCACAACUGGCCCUGGGAUGCCUACAGGGACUAAUACUACCCCUGCCACUGGCAGCAUCCCCACACAUAACUUGGCUGGUGGGUCAACUGCUUCAGCAAUCCUUUCUGGUCCAGGAUAUGCUCUAGGUGUUGUGGAGAAUGUAACUAAUGCUGCUUCGUCAUCGCCUAUAAAUUUGACCACUUUGGUUAAGGAGGAUGAUAAUGCCAGCUUCCCUGGAGGAAGAUCAUCUCCUGCUCUUGCUGAAAUUGGAACAGGGAGGGGCAUUGGUAGAGGGUCUGUGGUUGGAGGGAUAGCCAACCAGACGUCUACUGUUUCUUUGAAUCUGAGUUCUGGUACUGGCUUGCCUAGCAGUGAAACCCUUGGUGCAGUGCUUGCAGUCUCAGACAUUUCAAAGAGAAACAUAUUAGGGUCAGAUGAGAGAAUUGGAGGUGGUGGUCUUGUACAACCACCAGUUUCCCCCAUCAGUAAUAGAAUGCUCUUGCAGCAGACUUCGAAGUCUAGCGAUGGGGCAGGUACAACUGAUUCUAAUAAUGUUGGUGAGGUUUCUGUGAUAGGUGGGAGAGUUUUCUCACUUCCACUGGUUAGUGGAGGGCAAUGGAGAUCUCAUAGUCCAAGUUCCUUUCAGAACCAGAAUGAAACGGGGCAGCUUCGUGGAAGAACUGAAAUUGCCCCUGAUAUGCAGCUGUUCCAACAAGUGCAACAACAAGGUCAUAGUACCGGACUCGGUGCGUCUCAUCUUGCUGGGACAAAUCCCAAACAGUUUCCAACCCAACAACAAAACUCACUCUUACAGCAGCAAAAUUCCAUGCAUCAACAGUCUGCUCAGCAUGCACUGAUGUCAGCUGGAGCGAAAGAUGCAGAUGCUGGCCAGGUGAAAGCAGAAGCCCAACAGCAACAACAAAAUUCAUCUAAUGAUUUGAGCAUGGAACCUGCUACUAAUUUUGGAGUAAAUAAGAGUCUCAUGAAUGAGGUUGAUUUGAAAGCAGAUAUGCCUGCUGGAGUUUCUGGCUCUUCAGCAGAAGCUACCCAAGUACCGAGAGAUACCGAUCUCUCUCCUGGGCAACCUUUACAAUCAAAUCAAUCUUCAGUUAGCCUUGGUGUCAUUGGUCGAAGAGGCUUUUCUGAUCUCGGUGCCAUUGGCGAUAACCUCAGUGCCUCAAUUGGAAAUUCUGGAGGUAUGCAUGAUCAGUCAUAUAAUUUGCAGAUGCUUGAUGCUUCAUAUUACAAGCUUCCUCAACCAAAAGAUUCGGAACGUGCAAAGAACUAUGUUCCAAGACGCCCCGUGAAGACUCCACCCAGCUAUCCUCAAGUGCAGGCUCCAAUUGUUGACAAUCCUGCUUUCUGGGAACGAUUAGGUCUUGAUACUUUGGGCACGGACACCCUUUUCUUUGCAUUUUACUAUCAACAGAAUACUUACCAGCAAUACUUAGCUGCAAGAGAACUGAAAAAGCAAUCCUGGAGAUACCACCGGAAGUACAACACAUGGUUUCAACGGCAUGAAGAGCCAAAAGUCACAACUGAUGAAUACGAGCAGGGAACUUAUGUGUACUUUGAUUUCCAUAUUGCAGAUGAUGACUUACAGCAUGGCUGCCGAAUCUGUUGCUGCUUCAGAAUGUGGAAGUAACCCACACUUUGCAGUUGCAUCCUUACAAGUCCUGGUUGAAGUAAUGUAAGUGGCAAUUUGGAGCCAUGCCCCUCUAUAUGAAUGCUAAGGAAGGUAACCAGAACUUGGUUCUUUCCUUGUUAUCAAACUAAUUAUUGGUUUUCAGUUUAACAGUGCAUCCGUACCUAAAUUAAAAUCAUGUUUAUUCAAAUACUGUACUUAUCACCAAUGGUUUAACUGAUGAUAUGCUCCUCGAUAGAGUGGAAUGAUGGAACAUGAUUCUUUUCACCAAGACAAAUUAGUUGGGAUAAGGGUUAGAUGAUGAUGAAUCAAAUCCUGGAACUAGCUUUGCAGCUAUCUGUAAAAUGUGAUGUAGGUAUGUCCUUGAAAUGAGAUGUUGCCAGUAUUCAUGAUUGC